CACUUCUCGUGCAAACUGUUGGCCAAAGAGAGACGUAAUUCGUGGCAAGUGUCGGUCUUUCAGUUGAUUCCAUGGAAAACAACAAGAGUUUGAGUUUGACUGACGUUCAGAGCUGUGGUCCCAAAGAGUUCCGAUUCGCGGUCGCGCUCUUUGACAAUCGCUCCGAAACUCAUGAUGAGUUAGACUUCAGAAAAGGUGAUGUCCUCACAGUGUUGGCGCCGAAUCCCAAGAACCUGAUUGGAUGGUGGCUUUGCGUCAAUCACAGCGACGGACUCACGGGUCUCGCGCCCGCCAACAGACUCAAAAGCAUUCCUUUCGUUGACCGCAAAGAAGACGUCUUUCGACGCAAGUCUUGGAAUGCUUUCCAUUUCCGGCCCGCGAGUGACGUCACGGCGCACCCGAAGCCCGACUCCGAGUACGACAUUCCGCGCGAUUCCCGCAAAACGGCGCACGACUUGUACGACAUUCCCGUUUCGCGAAACCUCUUCCUGUCGUCCGACUCCUCGUCCGAAGACUCGCCGCCGACGGAACUGCCGGCAGACGAAGCCGUGAGACGCCGACUGUCGGAAGAGCGCUUCGGAAGCACGACUUCUUCGCCGGACUUGUAUUGCGUUCCAAAAGCAGUUUAUUUCGCGCCAAACAACGCAUCGCUUCUCGACUACGACUCUCCGAAAAGCGCUGUCUUUCGGGCGCCUCUCGUGACGCGGAAGCCGCCGAUCGCGCCGAAGCCACGCCCCCUUCCGGCGCUUCCAAUGGAAACGAACGGCGAUUACGACGAACUGAAACACGAUUACGUCUGUUUGGAGUCAAACAAUGAGAUCGCGCGCGAAGUCGACCGAAGAUUCGCGAAACCAAAGCAACAAAAGAUGGAUAACGAGACCAAAGAGUACUUCCGACAACAGGCGCGCGAGUGUCACCGCCUGUUGGGGGCGGCAGUCGCCGAGUUCUGUGACGUUAUCGCCGCCAACCAAUGGCUGGUCCCGAAAGUGGCGCUUUUGAAUCACUCCAAGUUUGUCGUCAUUUGCGGCCAAAAGAUGGCGUUUCUCUCGAACUCCAUCGCCAGAGGGCGCUCCGACUCGGCCGCUCUCGAGACGCACACCGCGAGUCUGGGCGCCGCCCUCCGCGCACUCGUGGACUGCGUGCGGGUGUGCUCUUUGAGCGGGCGGUCGCUGCCGACGCGCGAGGCGGUGGCGGGCGUUCGGGAGGCGUUGACUGGAGUGGGCGUGGCCGGCGAGGCGUUGCAAGCGGCGAUUGGUUGA